AUUUCAAAAUUUCUGUAAUUUUUGCAGGCAAUUUCGAGUGAAACGCACGAACCAGCCGCCAUCUACACAGACCAACUGGUGCCUCUGCUGGUGUGGAUGCUGGUGCACUGUGGCGUGAUGACCGCCGAGAUGGAGGUUCACUUCAUCCAGAGUCUGGUGCAUCCAUGUUUUGUGGCCGGCGAGGCCAACUUCUACCUCAAGUCGCUGCACAAGGCGGUUGACGUCAUCAAGCAUCCACAGCACCUGCUUGAAAACUACAAGACCAGGCCGAAACAUGUGUGGCGCACAGGCAGUGGUUACUUUGACCCCAGCAAAGAGCUGAAGGUGAUAGUGCCGGACCCUGCGACAGGGGUGCCCUACUCAGCCACCCUCAUCAAGCACAGUCCUCAAAUCACCGCCUCAGCCAUCUGCAACACCAUGGCGAGGAAACUGAGGAUGGGCAAUCCAGAGCUGUGUUCUUUGUACAAACUAGUCAAUGGUGAAGUCACUCUUCUUGAGAGCGAUGCGAAGGUUGUGGAUCUUCUCAAAGAAGAAUAUGACAAAGGAAAUAUGUGCUACUUUGUCUACAUGUACGAGCAUGGACAGAUUACAUGGCCUCUCAACACAAAACCGCUAUAAAGAAGUGAUAUUCUUCUCCUUGUACAUAAAAUAAAUUAUCCAUUCAUAAUGUAUGAAUUA